AUGAAGGGAAUAAUAUCUAGUGGUCAUAGAAUAUCAAGCUUUGCAGUACGAGGCCUAGGCCUAAGGCUAUUCAGCUCCAGUUCCACAGCUUUGAAAAGACAACAUAAGGCUACAGCAGUGGUAUUUAUGAAUAUGGGUGGUCCUUCCACAGUACCAGAAGUUUAUGAUUUCCUUUAUAAAUUAUUUGCUGAUGGUGAUUUAAUUGAUCUUGGUGUUGGUAGAUUACAAAGAUUAGCUGCAAAAUUCAUUUCAUAUAGACGUACUCCAAAAAUUGAAAAAUAUUAUCAAGAAAUUGGUGGUGGUUCACCAAUUUUAAAAUGGUCAAAUUAUCAAGCUCAAGAAACUUGUAAAAUUUUGGAUCAAACAAAUCCAGAAACUGCUCCUCAUAAACCUUAUGUUGCAUUCCGUUAUGCUCAUCCAUAUACUGAAGAAACUUUACAAAAAUUACUAGAUGAUGGUAUAACAAGAGCUAUUGCAUUUUCUCAAUAUCCACAAUUUAGUUAUUCAACUUCAGGUAGUUCAAUUAAUGAAUUAUGGAGACAAACUCAAAAAUUAGAUCCAAAAAGAACUAUUGAAUGGACUUCAAUUGAUAGAUGGCCAGAUCAUCCAGGGUUAGUUAAGGCAUUUGCAUCAAAUAUUCGUUCAAAAUUACAAGAAUUCCCAGAAUCUAUAAGAGAUAAAGUUAAAAUUUUAUUUUCUGCUCAUUCUUUACCAAUGGAUGUUGUUAAUAAUGGUGAUGCUUAUCCUGCAGAAGUUGCUGCAACUUCAUAUGCUGUUAUGAAGGAAUUAAAUUUUAGUAAUCCUUAUAGAGUUGUUUGGCAAUCUCAAGUUGGUCCAAAACCUUGGUUAGGUGCUCAAACUGCGAAAUUAGUUGAAAGAAUUGAAGCUGAUUCUGAAGGUGUUGUUCUUGUACCAAUUGCUUUCACUUCAGAUCAUAUUGAAACUUUACAUGAAAUUGAUUUAGAAUUAAUUGGUGAAUCUAAAUUUAAAGAUAAAUUGAAAAGAGCUGAAUCUUUAAAUGGUAAUGAAACUUUUAUUAAAGGUUUAGCUGAAAUUGUUGGUGAUCAUUUAAAAUCUGGUGAAUUACAUUCAAAACAAUUACCUUUUGAUUGUGAAUUGGGUGUUGGUAGAGAUGUUUUCAAACAUCCAUCUGAAAUGUUUGGUGAUCAUUACAAACCUGAAUAA